AUGGAAAAAACAAAAGUUGAAGCAGCUCUAAGUAUAUGCAAUAUCUUACCUUCUCAUUUAUUUGAAGAAACAAUCAAAAUAUUAUCAGAAAUUGAUCAGAAUUUAACUAAUAAUAUUUUAAUUAAUAAAGAAGGUCCUAUAAAAACUAAAUUUGAUAGUGAAGAAAAAAAAUAUUAUUUGGCAAAUAUGUUUAAUAAAGAAAAAGAUUCUUACAGAUCUCCUUAUGCGAACAUUUAUUAUCCUGAUAACUUUUCAAAUUCAUAUAUACCAUCUGAGCCUUUAAGAAAUUUAGAAAUAUUAUUUAAUGAAAUAUUUGACAAAUAUAGAAAGGCAUACUAUAUAAGUGGAUUGUCGUCUGUUUAUUUAUGGCCAAAUCCUACUGAAGAAGGAUUUGUUGGCUGCUUUUUAAUUAAAAAAAGCGAAUCAUUUAAUGUAAACACAAGUAUAAUUUGGGAAGCUACACACUUAAUACAAGUAAAUAUAUCGCAUUUAAUUAUACACUACCAAAUUUCAUCAACUGUUAAUUUUUAUAUCACUAAAAAAAAUGAAAUUAUUUUGUCUGCUUCUAUUAAUAAAGCUUUAGAAAAUCCCAAGAAGAUUUUAGAUAUGAAUUUAUUAAAAGACAAAUUUUUUCAUAUGGAAAAUAUGGGUAAAAUGAUUGAAAGUAUUGAAAACUCUUUAAGAAAAAGUAUUGAAUAUAUAUAUAUGCCCAAGAUCACUGAUAUUUUAAAUUCUCUUAGAUUCAAUGAUUUGCUUUGUGAUUAUGCAUACGAUGAAAAAAUUAUAAAAUUGAAAAAUAUAUGUAACAAUGUUACAUCUUCUAAAGAGAGUAUCCAAGAUGAAUUAAAGUUAAAAUUUAAAAAUAAAAACUUGAAUUUAGGAACUCAAUAUUCUAUUAAUACUUAA